ACGCUGAGGACGACUUCCAGGAGGUGUUCAUGGGAUGCACUAUCUACGCAGCCAGCCCUAAGGCCCUGCCCGGCGACGAGGCCCCCGGCCAGGACCGGUACUACCAGCUGCCCCACUACCGCCUCCCCCAUGGUACCUGCAGCCAGAGGAUAGCAGCCAGCAGAGCCAGGGCCAGGAACAUGACCGAGCAGCAGGAGCAGAGCGAAGAAACAGGCCUGAUCUCCACACAGGACCUGGAGCCCUCCAAAGACGACGACACUCACGGACACUUCAGGUUUCAACUGAUUGAAGACCUGUCCUAUGAAGAUGUGAAGAAGUGUUACAGGGGCUCGACUGUCAGCAAGUACAACUCGCAGUACCACAAACUGUUCCAGUGCGUGCCCAAGGAUGAGAUCCUCAUGAAAGUGUACUCCUGCGCUCUGCUCAGAGAUAUUCUUCUACAAGGCCGACUCUACAUUUCCAGAAACUGGUUGUGUUUCUAUGCCAACCUCUUCGGCAAGGACAUCAAGGUGGCUAUCCCUGUGGUUUCCGUUCGGCUGGUGAAGAAGCACAAAACUGCCGGCCUGGUGCCCAACGGCUUGGCUAUCACCACCGACACCGGCCAGAAGUAUGUAUUCGUGUCUCUGCUGUCCAGAGACAGCGUCUACGACGUCCUCCGUAGGAUCUGCACACAUCUACAGGUCAACGGGAAGAGUCUGAGCUUGAAGCAGUUCAUGGAGGAGCCGACCUUAUCGCUGGACGAGUUUCCGACUCCAGACGAGUUCCCGGUGGUGGACGAGUUCCCGUCAGUGUUGAAGUGGAGACGGAAACCCUCGGUGGUGUCGGUGUCGUCCUCCCUCCCUGACCUCCUGGGGAACUCCACCGGCAGCCUGAGCACCGCCGACACGCCCUUCAAAUCAGAGCAGCCGCUGGAAGAGCGAGCCCUACAGACUGACAGAGGUCUUUUAUCGGAGCCGGUGGCCGAGCUGGGCCAGAUGGAGUACCAGCUGCUGAAGUUCUUCACCCUGCUCAUCAUCCUCCUCAUCCUGUCCUCCUGCUAUCUGGCCUUUCGGGUCUGCAGUCUGGAGCAGCAGCUGUCCUUCCUCAGUAACCCAAACCUGCCCCUGAGAGAGAGGUAACCUCUGCUCUCCUGCCUCCACACCGGUUUUUAUUCUUCUCCUGCUUGGAGUUGACGCUGAUCUCCUGAUCCAGGACCAGCUUAGAGCAGAUCUUCCCUCCAGCUGCAGCGUCGAUGGGGAGCGCCGUCCAUCCGUCCGUCCAUCCGGGUUCCUCUCCAGUGAUCACUUCCAGACUAUGCAAAUAAGACUGUGUAUUUAUUUCUGAAUAUAAAGUAGGUGUUACUUUA